AUGCAUAUUAUCUUGUUGUUUUAUACUUUAGAUUUAAGUAUAACACAACCUCUGUCGUCAGCAGCUAUGCCUAGUCGAAAGAAAUCGAUGGAAAAGAAGCCGUUGGUCAAAAGACUUCUCGAUGGUCUUAUACCAUCGAAAGCUAAAAGACGGACUAUUGUCAGAAGACUAUCGGAUGAUGAUGACGGCACUCAGUCAUCAUCAGGUGAAGGUGUCACUCGGUCUUCUUCUGGUUUAAAACGCCACGAAGAAGUACUACAGAAGGCAUCAGCAUCACCUGAACCAAGUCUCCUUGUUUCAGGUCAAAGACCAUCAAGUAGCAGACCUGAUGGUGAAGAAAAACGAGAAGGACCAGGGGAAACUCCAUUGGUGUCGGCUAAUAGCCAAUUCUUUUAUUCACCAAUGUACCGACGAUAUUUUGGAUUAACGCCGCCAAAUCCGAGGUUAAAUAACCCUCGGUUAUUGGAGGAUUACAUUGAUUGGUACAUCAAUGUAUACAUGGAAGAAGAAAUUCCAUGGCAAUGGAUCGACGUUGGUAAUGCCAGACAAAGAGCUGAGCAAGGUGAACAAGAGGCAAGAGAAGAAGCUCAAAGGUUAGCUUCGACAACAUCGAAAGAAAAGAAGUAA